AAGAAGAAACGUACCAGGAAGCAUUGUGCAGCUAUUGUACAAGUUGACAGCCAAACAGUGGUCAUGGCUUUUGUCUGCAGAAAUGGGGCCGCUUUGCUGAAAUCAAACCGCGCAGCACCCGCUUUGGUCUCGGCAGCCGCCCGCCUUUUCAGUUCGGGUGUCCACUAUGAGUAUAUUAUGGUAGAGAAGCGAGGAGAGAAGAAGAAUGUGGGUUUUAUCCAGUUGAAUAGACCUAAAGCUCUCAAUGCACUAUGCGACGGUUUGAUGAAGGAGGUGGGGCAGGCCUUGGAUGCCUUCGAAGACGACGGAGACGUGGGUGCCAUUGUCAUCACGGGAAGCGACAGAGCGUUUGCAGCUGGAGCGGACAUAAAAGAAAUGCAGAAUCGAACUUUCCAGGAGUGUUACGGUGGGAACUUUCUGGCUCACUGGAACAGAGUGUCUACUGUGAAGAAGCCUGUGAUCGCUGCUGUCAAUGGAUUUGCUUUGGGAGGAGGCUGCGAGUUGGCGAUGAUGUGUGACAUCAUCUACGCUGGAGAGAAGGCGCAGUUUGGCCAGCCAGAGAUUCUGCUGGGGACCAUCCCUGGGGCGGGUGGCACCCAACGUCUGACCCGUGCGGUGGGCAAGUCACUGGCCAUGGAGAUGGUGCUGACAGGAGAUAAAAUUAAUGCCCAAGAAGCCAAGCAGUCGGGUCUGGUGAGUAAAGUUCUCCCAGUGGAUCAGCUGGUGUCCGAAGCGGUGAAAUGCGGUGAGAAAAUAGCUGCUAAUUCCAAACUGGUGUCCGCCAUGGCCAAAGAGGCAGUUAAUGCAGCCUUCGAGCUGACUUUGGCUGAGGGAAAUCGUUUGGAAAAGCGCUUGUUCCACGCAACGUUUGCUACGGAUGAUCGCAAGGAGGGCAUGACUGCGUUUGUGGAGAAGAGAAAGGCCAGUUUUCAGGACAAUUAAUUCGCUCAUCCAACUCCAAACAGAUCAUGCGCAGCAAGUUGAAUGACAUCAGUAGAACAUGGAAGGUGUUUUACCUCACUUUUAAUUUAGUAACACCACGUUUUUUUCCCAGUCAGUGAUCAAAUAUGAUAUUCCAAUUAUAUACCAUCAUGAACAUGGAGAAAAAGCAAACCAAUCUUGUAUGUUUUGCAAAAAGUGACAGUACAGUUGACCUUUUAAUUUCCAAUGAGUGCCUUAUUAAGGCGUGCAUUUGGAUUUGAAUGAUUGAAUACACAAUCCCACACAACUGAGGGUGCAGUGAAGGUGGAUGCAGUUCAAUAUUUACCACACAAGGAAAUCACAUGGGUCAUUUCAAGCAUUGGAAGAUCUCUGAGUCUCUUUUGUCUAAAGUUUCUUUUUUUUGUGUACAUUUUGCAAAUAAACCAGAUGAAUUGA